GGAGCCGAUAUCAAGCACUUUCACUUUCAGGCUAGCCUCUGCCUGAGCUCACACAGACAGACUGCCCAGAGGGAGAGAUAGUGGGUCUGUUUCUCUCACUCUUUCCAUUAGCCAUUUAAAGGGUGAGAAGAGAGUGAGGUCUGUAAUAUACUGGGUCAACAGGGGGGAGAGAGAGAGAGAGCGAGAGACAGACAGAGAGGGAGAACGAAAGGGAAAGGCUGCAGCUUGACAAACUGGGAGGUGGGAAAAUCCAAAGUGAGAGCACAGUGCAGAUUGAAUGAGAGAAGGGGGUGUGGAGAUUUGGAAAGUACCAGGGAGACAAAAGGAGGAAUUCUAAAAAAAGAGGUCAACUAAACUGGAGUCUCAACAGUAGAGGAAAAAGAAAAGACUCAGAGCUCUCUCUCUCUGUGUCACACACUUGACGGAACCGCUGAGGAAACUUUGCCUAGUCAGACCAGAGGAUUUAUUUCAGCUGCGUACUGCAUGCUUUCAAACACAGAAAUGGAGAAGUGGCCUUUCUCAUGAAGAUAAAAGGAUGUUACGAUCAGUUUUUCUGUUGCUAUCAAUAUUGACACUCCAAGGUAGCGGAUGUGAUUACUUUUUGAGGGGGGUUGUCGAUAAUCUUCAAACCACCCUUAACUCAGACCACGCUGGAUUUCGUAAGGUGUUCCCUAAAAACUAUUGGAUUUCCCACCACUACAAUGUCAACCUGCUGUGCAACACUGAUCCGUGUUGUGUGUUCCGAGCUGCGACUGUUCUCUCUGACUCCUGGCUCCAGCUCCGCAGCCAGCUGUGGCCAGAGCACCAUAGCUUCGAAUUCAUCUCCAACCUUAUACAAGCCCUGGGUGGCAGGGGUAUGACAAAAGGGAGAUUUGAGGAUCCUGACCCUUCAGUUCUUCCCUCUGUCUCCUCCUCUCCAGAGAAACUUCUCAACUUCACUUCAUCUGUUUUCUCCAAAUGGCUGGAGCUGGGGUGCUCGACCCCGGUGGACACUUGUCCCUUCCCCACUCUGGCCUCUCCGGCUGGGGAGGAUGAAAGGGCAGCUCUGGAAAGGAAAAAAGUGAGGUUAUUAACCACACGAGCAGUUCACAUAGAGAAUGAAGGGGAAAUAGGGAUGAGGUUACACACACCACCACCAACCAAUAGGAGCCCACCAUCCAAAGGUGGGCUCCUAUUAGUUAUUUCUGGGUCUUUUUUUUUAAAACCUUUAUUUAACUAGGCAAGUCAAUUAAGAACAAAUUCUUAUUUACAAUGACUGCCUACAUUGGAGCCUCCUGUUAUGUGGACUGCCUGGAUGCUACUGUAGAGCGGUUGCUAUAGUUACUGAAGUGGAUCUCUAAUGGCGCACACAAAAUGGUUUGGAGCACUUGUUGGCUUUUUCUUCUCAAUCUGUCCAUUUUAGCUGUUCUAAUGUAGUAAGCUUUGUCAAUCAAGUGACUGACAUGCACACUUAAUUGUUGCACUGAAUGUACAACUGCAGUCAAGAUUAUGUAUAGAAUAACAACCUUUUAAUUUACCGUCUGCACACCAGAGUUCUAUUAUCGCCAUAAGAAACCAUUACGUACCUAUACAACAUAGCCAUAUGUAUAAAAAGCCAUAUUCUAUGCAAGCUAACUAAACACUAACAAGUGUUUUAUAUUGAGCAAGAUACAGAACAUAAAUUAUUGUCCAAUAAUUCUGAUCAAAUUCACAUGUUUACAAUGCAGUGGAAUUUGGAUAUUUGUUUGUUUGUUGGUCUUCAAUUAAUGUUUUUUUUCUAUGAACUUUUGUACAUACUGCAUCUUGUAAAUAAAAACCAUGCAGCCAU